AUGUCCUCCCCGUACUACGAGACCUCCGCAUUCUUCGAUUUGCCGCUCGCGAUCCGCAACAAAAUCUACCGCCUGGUUCUCGUCAAGCGCGGCCGUCCCAUUCGCCUGAGGAGGGUUCCCUCUCUCCUCCAAGUCAACCGGCAGAUUCGCGAAGAGGCGUUCCCCAUCCGCUAUGGCGAGAACAAAUUCUACAUCAUCCAAGAUCCGGAUGUCGAUAUCGCCCUUGGUGAUCCAAUGCUCCGCAUGUUGGCUGAGAGCGGUUGUUUCGCUCACAUCUCCUCGUUCACCCUGCGGUGCAUGAGCCACUGGUCCAGGAAGCCCCACCUCGAUCUCAUUCUGCUCGACAAGCCUUCCCCUUCGCAGCAGGAGCAGUACCUCAAUCUCCGGAUUGGAUCCGACAACACAGACUGGAGCGACAUCGCCGUCACCGUGGUAGCGCUCGCCGAGCGAGGCAUGGACAUUAUGUACAGGAGCGAGGAACCCUGGAAGCAGAGGGUCUCUGCUUUUCGGAGAGGAGCCGGCGUGCUCCUUAGCAUUAUCGCCCUUGGGUACGUGGACAUGUCAAACAAGUGGCUGGUGAUGGACUUCCGAACUCCUGGCAAGAGGAAUUAG